AUAAAAUUAAUUUCUGCAUGUGUAAUCAGAUGCAUGCACAUGAAGAUCGCCCUGUAUAUUGUGAUGUUCCCCCCAUAGGACGAGCCUGUUUCUUGUCUGCUAAGUUCCCAAUGCUUGUGCAUACAUUAGAUUCUAUUAAGAACAAAGUGAAUUUCUAUGGGAAUAAAAUGCAAAUCAGCUGCAAGCUCCUGCGCCCCAGAGCUCCGCGAGGAUACGUUUUUUUUUUUUCUUCUCUCUCUCCCUUAUUUCAUUUUAUUUUUCCUCCUCCCAAUAACUAAUUUGAUCUUUGUAAUUCCAAGACUUUACUUUGAAUGUAUAUACUUCCAACUGGGGAAUCAACACAAGCAAAACCAAUUUUUUCCUCUCUUGACAUGUCGCCUCCUAUUGGCUGCAGGCGGGUCAGCUGACUUUGUCAUUUUGUCUGUCCUGGAGUGGAGCCGUCCCUAUAACAAUCUAGUUCAGACUACAAACUGGAGACAGAAAUAAAUAUUAAAGAAAUCUUACAGGCAGGUAAAGGAGAAGAUAUGAAUUCCUAUUUCACCAACCCCUCUUUAUCCUGCCAUUUAGCGAGUGGCCAAGAAGUCCUCCCCAAUGUGGCCCUUAAUUCCACUGCCUAUGACCCUGUUAGGCAUUUCUCCACUUAUGGAGCAGCCGUUGCUCAAAAUAGGAUCUACUCUUCUCCAUUUUACACCCCGCAAGAUAAUGUUGUUUUCAGCUCCAGCCGAGGCCCCUAUGAGUAUGGAUCUAAUGCAUUUUACCAGGACAAGGACAUGCUUACUAGCUGCAGGCAGAACUCUAUGGGACACAAUACACAGACUUCCAUUGCACAGGAUUUUAACAGUGACCAAAACAGAUCCAGUGUCCAGGAACAGAAAACCAGCAUCCAGAUCUACCCAUGGAUGCAGCGCAUGAACUCCCACAGUGGGGUGGGCUAUGGCACGGACAGAAGGCGAGGUCGCCAGAUCUACUCCCGUUAUCAGACCCUGGAGCUGGAGAAGGAAUUCCACUUCAAUCGCUAUCUGACCAGGCGCAGGAGGAUUGAGAUCGCCAAUGCACUUUGCUUAACAGAGCGUCAGAUCAAAAUAUGGUUCCAAAACAGGAGGAUGAAGUGGAAAAAGGAGAGUAACCUGACUUCUACCCUGACUGGGGGCAACGGGGGAUCUGCUGACAGCCUGACCGGGGGUAAGGAGGAGAAGCAAGAGAACACAGAAGAACAGCCCAAAGAGUGAGUGAAUGGGGGGCUUCCACCAGCAUCCCCCCUCUCACCUCGCCGUCCCCCCUCCUUCCCAGCUGGCAGAAUUCAUAUGGAUGGGCUGCAUUAUGGAAACAAAAUAUAUAAAUAUAUGAAAAUAUAUAUCUACACAUCUCUUUCUAGAGCCAAAAGUGGACUAGCAAUCCAGUGGAGGAGAAGGACAACUAGAAGUUUGCUAGCUCUGGCCAGUUUUUUUUUGUGAUCCACCAUUAUGGCUUUGAGUCUCUCUCUGUGAUGUUGUUUCUCCAACUUUAACUUAAAAACAAAAAAAAAACAGUAUUCCAAAAAGUCUCACAUUUCCUUGUACAAGAACCAUUGCCUGCAAACACAAGGGAGAAGAAGACUUUGCCUGUGUGUGUUGUGUGCUGUGUGAUGGGAUGGACCCAGCACAGAUCAAAUGUGAAGAGCUCUCCCCAAGAAACUGUCCUCUUGCCCCCUCUGUGCCCUUUUGAGCCACGUCCAUGCAGCAUUUCCCCUCAUAGCCUGACUGUAUUAUUUGGAUGAUCCUCCAUAUUCCAUACUGUGACAGUUCCCGUGUGAACCUGAUUUCUCAUUGUGCCGUGGUGUCAGUAUUCCUAUUUAUGUCAGCACUGCAAUGUCCAGUAGUAGCUCGUAAAAUGAAGUUUCAUAGCUGUAGAAUAAUGGUUUCAUUCUGUGUCUCACUGACCAUGUAUAAAGAUCACGUCCUAUGGACAAACUGUUGAGUAUUUAAUAAAGUUGAUAUUAUUUUUAUGUGCUGUUCUAUGUAUUUUUUUAUUUCCUGGAAAUACCCAGCAUUUUACUAGUG